AUGCUCGACACUGGGUACUUUGCCGACUGUACUGUGAUCAGCAGAGAUAAAAAAUGGGAGGCUCACAAAGUCAUCCUGAGCCGGAGCCCCUACUUCGCACAAGCUUUCUCCACAAAGAAUGGUUUCAAGGAAGCUCUCGAAUCAAAAAUCACGAUCGAAGGCUUCGAGCCGUUCGAAAUAUCUUGGUUGCUGCGGUACAUAUAUGGAUUGCGAAUCGAUGUCGAGCAAGCCAAAGAGACCAGCCCAAACAAGUCGUUCCUCGAAACCUGCACAGUUCUUUGGAGCAUUGGUGAUUAUUUCCGCCUUGAGGAGCUCAGCCAGUCUGCUCUGUCCCAGCUCCAGACUCGUUGCCGGGCCCUUCUCCUCCAGACUCAUUGUGUAUCUACGAUGCUCAAAGAGAUCAAAUUUCUUCCUGAUCUAGAGGCGGGCAUCCGCGCGGCUUGGAGUUCUGAGAGAGUUGCAGGUCCAAUGCGGCAGGAUAUCAUGAGCCUCUGUGUUGGCAUACAUCCGUUCAUCAAGGAUCAUGCUUCCUUCAUUGAGCUCCUCGACGAGAUGUCUGAUUUCUCUACGCAGUACCUCAAAGCACUCUUGGGCUGCCCUGGAAUGCAGAGCAACGAAACGCACGUGCCGCUUGGGACCGAUUGUACCCAAUGUCUAAAACCGGUUUUCGAUGACAAAGGAAGAAAGGUGCCCGCUGAAACGUUUGCCUGGAUUCCGACAUCACUCAAUUUCUGGGACAACUACCCUUGCUGGUUCUGCUCGAGGCACUGUUAUAACACACUAGUCGACAGGACCAGGCCCUACGGGGUCUUUGCAGCGGCGCGUAGACCACCGCUCUACCCAUUCAGCGACUCGUUUCCUUCGCAAGCGCACUUUCACUCAAACUCGAUCUCGACGUACUUCGCGGACAUGGCCGCCUCUUCGCAAACUUUUGAGGCGCCUGAGGGGUUCAUGAAGCCUGAGCAGCAGGCGGCAAACUCGGACUCGCCCGCCUCAGAAUGCGACAAGGCCAACCUUGUGACGGCUGUUGUGAACAGAGCACAUCUGGACUCCGACCUCAGGAUGCUGGAAAGCGGCGCCCUUUCCGACUUCACAGUGGUCUGUGGCAUCCAAGAGUGGAAGGUGCACAGAUUCGUUCUAAGUCGAUGCCCCUACUUCAAACCUAUGGUUUCUAAGGAAAGUGCCUUCAAGGAGAAUCUCGAGUCUCGCGUUACGAUCACAGGUUUCGAGCCGUUUGAGAUUGAGUGGUUGCUUCGGUACAUCUACAGCCUGCAACUCAAUGUUGAACAGACUCAGACCACCACCUUGUUCUGGUUGACCCGCCAAUGCAAGACGCUUUACGUCGAAUCUCGAAGUAUCUCUGCCAUGCUCGAUAACAUCAGCUUUUUGCCUGAUCUCGAAGCUGGCAUUCGCGCAGCCUGGCGACCUGAUCGUUUUACUCAGCCUGUACGGGGACCGCUUAUGACCGUGUGUAGCGGUCUUCAACCGUUUCUACGAGAUCACAAAUCGUUCAUGAGUCUUCCCGGAGAACUCCCAGAGUUCGCAACAGAUUUUGUCCAGGCUCUCAUGGGAUGUGGUGGGAUGCAGAUGGAUGUUGGAAAGACUGAACGAUUCUAUUGCUCCACAUGCAACUCCACUGUCUUCGACGCAACCCGGGAAAAGGGCAAAGAGUUCGUUGACGGAGCUUUCAUUUGGACACCGAUUUCACUGGAGCUCCAUUCUGGUUCGUGUCAAGCUUUCUUCUGCUCCAAGGAAUGCUACAACAGUGGCCGCCACAGGGACUAUCAGUAUCAUAAGUAG